AUGUCUCAACCUCAACACAUGCAAACUUUUUGUAAUCCUAUCGAAAACUUCACUCAAACCAGUCCGUUCGAUACAAACCGCUUUCUAACACUCUCCACUCUCAGUAUAACUUCAUCUCUCGUACCCUACAUCAACACCACGAUCGGUCUUAUCCCCGACACAGUCUAUGGCAUGUUCCUCUGCAGAGGAGACAUGGACACUAAAUCUUGCUCAGAGUGUGUCCAAGCCGCAACAAUCCAGAUCGCUACAAGCUGUAGUCUCAACAAAAGAGCGGUCAUAUACUACCAAGAGUGUAUGGUUCGAUAUUCAAAUGUUAACUUCUUCUCUGAAUUGGAAACCGUACCGCGCACCGUUCUUUUCUCUGCUCGUCCGGCUCCAAACCAGAAUCGGUUCAAUCAAACACUAUCCGAUAAAUUCGAGCAACUGAUUCUCAAAGUGUCUUCGUCCUCUUUGAUUCCGUAUUUCGUCAAGGAACAAGAACGUGUGACUGAAUUGGAAGGUUCGUAUGAGUUAGAGUCAAUGGUUCAGUGUACUCCUGAUCUUGAUCUAUCAAGCUGUACCGUUUGCCUCAGGGAUGCGUUCUUAAGAGUUUCAACUUGUUGCGGUUCACCAAGCUCGGCUCAGAUCUUUACUCCAAAAUGUCUUGUGAGGUAUAGAACCUCUGUUUCGUUAUCCUCAGCACCGCCUCCUUCUUAA